AUGAAAGUUGCGUUGGUGCUAUUGGAUGAAACACGGUAUUCAGGAUUUGAUUUUGCCGAUAUGGGUGCAAACUUUUUAAGGAAAACUUUCCAAGACAUGGGGGAGGCCAUUGAGUUUGACAAGUUUGAAUACAUUGUGGAUGGCGAGCUUCCUGAUCCUCUAGAGUAUGGAUUGGUUUAUCUAACAGGAUCGAAAAAAGACUCGUAUGAGGAGACGCCGUUCAACGACAAACUGAUUGAGUUCAUCAGAGAUGCCUGCUCUCAGAAUGUGAAGAUUUUGGGUAUCUGCUAUGGUCAUCAGAUAAUUGCCCGUUCGAUGGGAUUCAAGACAGCAGUGAACCCGCUCGGCUGGGAGUUGGGCAACCACACGGUGCAGCUAAGCGAGGAGGACCAGAGGAAGCUUGGUGUUGAUUUUGACGAAUAUACCAUUUCGAUGAUUCACCAAGACAUUGUCACUGGGGAUAGUGAGAGGUUUGUUGGAAGCACCGAGAAAUGUGGUAUACAGGGUAUCACGGUUGAGAAUGUGUUGACAUUCCAGGGCCAUCCUGAGUUUACGAGUGACUUGGUACUUGAGAUGAGUAAGAAGAAGCUGCAAGAGGCCGAGAUUGAUAGGGAGCAUUUCAACGAUAUUGUUGAGAGAAGCCAGCUAUUAGAGGAUGGAAUGGACGACAAUGGCAACAAGCGGUUGCGGGAGAUUGUCUACAAAUUUGUCCUGUAG